AUGGAUGAAGAGGAAAAUCCGUUCCUAUCCGGAUUCCUGACCGUCAAGUCGCAGAGUGGCUUUUCGUGGCGGGUCGCGAAAAAGCAGGUUAAAUACUGUCAACUGUUUAAAGCAAGUCGCCACGGUAUCGAAAGGCUUGAGAUUAGUGAUGCAGAGAACGACAAAACGCGACGUAUCGUCACGUUGGAAAACUGUGUGAAAAUAGUGCUAGAUCAACCGCCACAGAACACAAUCAACAUCGUCUCAAAGACGGGACAGAUCCAACUGUACUCACCGGACGAAUCGCUCGCCCGCCAGUGGACAAACGCACUACAGAUCGUGGCAUUCAAAGACAAAUCCAAUCAAACGCCUCCGCCUCCGCGGCUAAACACGAUCGAGGAGGAUAAUGAUUUGUACUGCUCGUCGUACAGUGAGGGCAUUUACACGGUCACCUUGAUUCCGACCGAUGCGUCCAACAAGAAUGGGAUCGAACCGAAGAUGUAUACACUCGAGCUCGGUCAGAUGGAUAUGCGGCUAAAGUGUUAUGAGGAUGAGAGCGUUACGGUUGCGCUAUGGCCGUACCGUUACAUCCGAAAGUAUGGUUACCGGGAGGGUAAGUUUACGUUCGAAGCGGGUCGGAAGUGUAACACGGGCGAGGGUACAUUCAAGCUAGAUAAUGCCAGCCCGCAAGACAUCUUCCGCUGCAUGCUGACGAAGAUGAAGUCGAUGAAGAAAAUUAUUUCAUCCACGUCCGAGCAUGAAACCCAUGCGCUCAGCAGUCAGCUGUGUGCUGCCCUAGCCAUGGAGCCUGGCUCGAGAAGUCCACUGCCAGGUGUACACUGUGACGAAAACAUGGCCGCCCAUCUGUCCUCGAUUGAGCUGCUGCAUGAUAUUGCGCCCAGUGCGAUGGCGGCUAUUUCCCAGCUUAAAAGCAUUCCAACGAAGCCACCCCGUAAACAGGGAAUUUCCACGGGGAAUGUCCCGCCUGGCGUGGGUGGGUCCGAUAUCGAUCCAAAGCAUUCCAACGUUUCGACUGUAUUUAUCAAAAGCAAUGGACACAAUUUGCAGUGCACUAGCCAACCGACCUCAAACCAAACAAUACUGAUCCGCAACGUCACACCGAACCUGGACGAUGUGCUGGAAGAAUCCAAAGCGAAGGAGCUGGACUACGAGUGUGUGAAGGACAUAACAGACGCGUGGAAGCUGUACGGACUGAACGAUGUGAAGCACACCGAAGCGGUGGCAGAAAGUGGUGCAUCGGUCGCGCCUAAUGUUGUCCACGAGCAUGUACGUUUGGAGUACGAUCGGUUGGACUUUUUCCGCACCUCAACGCGAAACACCUCGGCCGACUAUAAAACGAUCGUGCCGAUCCGGUUGGCUGGUGAAACGACAACACCAGCUGUCCAGCAUCCUGCGGUACAACCGUCGGAUGAUUAUGAAAUUAUUGGCGACCCUUCACCACCACCUACGGUAGGGAAUGGUCCAUCCGGGUUGGUUGGAUACAAUUUAACAGGCGGUAUCGGUACUCUGCGAGGACGUAACCAGGAUGAAGGGUUCGAGUAUUCAGUAUUCAACGCUGACCAUCACCAGGAAGAACAGCAACAGCAGCAACACCAUCAGCAACAGCAACGUAACAUAACCGCUACCAUUAACUAUGCCACGAUUAGCAAACCGAAACGGGUUUAA